AUGGGCAAUUCUCGUAGUAUUCUACCGCCCACUUCCUCAAACAAUUUACUUCCCAAUAUUAAGAUUGGCAAUAGCAAUGCAGAUUCAUCCAUUUCGAACUCAACAAUAACCCAUGAUGAGGAUAAGACGGAGGCUGGGUAUCGACAGUCUAUUUCCUCACUUCCCUUCUCAUCAAAAAGGCCUUCAAUACGGCCCACCCAUUUGAAAUCACCAAAGGGUUCAAUUAGCUUUACUCAAGGAUUAACAAAUAAUACUCACAAUAAUACCAAUCAUCAUCAUAAUUCAAAAAACAUGCUUCCUCCCUUAGUAACAAACAAACCAAAUAGCCUUUCCACUCCUCCUUCCCUUGAUACUUUGUCAAUAGACCAAUCAUCUUCCAACAACAUAUUGGGAAUUAGACAAGUAAUUAGCAAUGAUUCCUUUCAAACCAUUUCCUCAUCAACUUAUUCAUCCUCUCUCAGUAACAAAACACUCGAAAAUAGCUCUAUGAAUAACACCUUACGAGUCAAUGAAACAUCAUCGACACUUAAUACAAGAGCAACCUCUCCUAUUCAGUUUGGUAGAAGAACAUCUUCUACCCAGGCCUUAAACUCUCUCGCUAAAUCACGAGGCAAAGGCUCUGCUGUAUCACCUAAGAAUAUCAAUACUCAACAACUUUCCUCAUUGAGUAAUAAUAAUAACACCACUAGUAUCAAGAAUAGAAGUAAUGAUUCUCCUGAAAUUCCUUCAUCCCCAACCAACAAUAACAAAACCUCUUCCUUAACAGCUGGUGCUGCAUCUUCCUGCCCUUCAAACUCACCAAACGCCAACAAUAACAAUAUUAUAGCCUCGAUUUCGAACUCUGAAAAUUACGGGCCAAAUUCAUCUGCCCUAUUCCUGGAACCUCUUCCAAAUUUGAACAAAUCAAAUACCGAUGCUUAUGAAUCAGAAGAUGAACCAUCAACAUUCAUCAUGCCAAAUAAGCUAAUUUCCACAGAUAGUUUUAGUCUUAUCAGUUCCCAUAAACGAGUAGGAGCCAAGUUAAUGUUUGACAGAGAUGCUGUGAAUAAUAGUAAUGUAAGCAAGCUGGAUGAUUGUGAUACAGGAAGUGAAAUAUCAAGGCAGGAGGAUGAACAACCUCUCAUUCUCACUUCGACCUUAGAUGUAGAUAUGAUGAUGAACCAAAAGAAGUUGGCUUCCAUUUCAACACCUCCUAGGGCUCAAACUUUGACGGCAACAAUGGAAUCACCAGACAUUUUCUUUGAUACACCACCUCAGAGGGAGACUUCAAUGAAGAAUAUUGCUAGUGCACCAAAUUUGCUCUAUGACUCUCUUUCUCGUAAAAUGGAUGAAAAGGAGAGAUCACUGAUUGAUAGUCUGACCUUAGACAAAUCUUCUACUAUCAGUCCAAGUUCUAGUAUUGAUGUAAAGAAAACAAACAAAAUGCGACGAAGUGUUGGUGAUAGUGAUGAUAUACUGGAUGAUAUUUUGAGCGAAAAGCCAACAUUAAAAUCAUUGAAAAAGUUAAAGAGUGAAAAUUCGGUGAGAAGGAGAGCAACUAGUCUCAAUAAUUCAAAAGCAGGAAAAAAAAGCGCCGAGAAGAAUUCAACCUACCUUAGAGAAAAUGAUGGAAUUAGUACUAAUAUUAUGGAUAUUCUGAAGGGAUGCGAGGAUUUGUUGGGAGAUUUAGAACUUGAGCCAAAGUGUCCUUGUACUAUUGAGAUUACACAACCAGAUGCAAAUCCAGAGACGUCUCACUUGCUUCCUCUUCAAAAUUCCAGACGAUUCAAUUUACUAACAGUUCCAGACCUCAAACAAGUGAUGAGAGAAAGUAGGUCAGAACAAAAACAACACGAAAGAAAACAAAAGAAUGUGAAAAAGGAAGUAGCCAAUAUCAUCAAAGAUAUCAGGUCUUCGUUUUCAGAAUUUGAUUUUUAA